AUGUCCGACCUCCCACCGAGAGGUCGGGGCGCGAGGCCCCCCGGGGCGGUUCCUAGGAGCUGUCGUGGGGGGGACUCGGGCUCCGCACCACCAGCAAUACCACCAUCGGUCGCUGGCUCAUCGUCCUUUGGCGGUGAUGCCUCGCCAAUCUCGCCAGACCCUACCUCGACUAGGGCCACUUACUCGACGGUCGUGCCAGCUCGAUCUCGCCACACAGCACCGUUGCCAGUGGUCCCAUCUCCGUUGUCCGCAGAUGAGUCUGACUCAGGGACGGCCCACCCCCAGGAGAUGGAGGUUGAGGGCACUCAGGGAGGGGAGGAGGUCUCGAGGGACCCCUCUGUCGACCUUCUUCUAGGCCCUCCUGCAGCCCGUGGGCCGCUCGACGAGGGUGUCGCUGGCAUAGGGGCCCCGCCCGACGUCCUCAUGCAGGCAUUGGACGACCUUGGUCGUCCGGCCUCCCCUCCUCACAUCCCCGCUUCCAGGAAGCGCCCGCCGCGCGUCACACCGGUGUCCCGCUAUGCCAGCGCUGCUGGAAGUGGGGCCAUCCCACCGUCACCUGCAAGGCGAAACAACUCUCCUGCCCUAUCUGGCAACGCGAAAGCGAAACCCCCUGUGCCGCCCACCCCUCGCGACCAGCCCUGCCCCCAUAAGGGCCGCUGCGUCAACUGCCACAAGGACCACGCCGCCAACUCGGCUUCGUGCAAGUUCUGGGCCCAUCGCUACGACCGUGAGUGGAUCAUGGCCGAGUAUCGUCAGUAG